AUGAAAGGAGUGGAAAAGAGGCACUCCUGGAAGACACUACCCAACCACUGCAGGCAGUCUACUCCUCCGCUCCAGCCCGCUCAGCUUCCCGGACCAGUGAGGAGGGUCGGGGCCACAGCACCCUCUGGGGAGGGGGAGGAGUCUAUGCAGCUGGGCCGCACUCGCCUCUCCAUAGAGGAACGCCAGAUCAGAGAGGGGGAUGAGUGGAUCAUGCCUUUUGGUCUCACUAACGCUCCAGCUGUGUUUCAGACUCUGGUCAAUGACGUGCUGCGGGACAUGCUUAACCACUUUAUCUUCGUACACAUGGAUGAUAUUCUCAUCUUUUCCAAGGAUGAGAAGGAUCAUGAGCAGCACGUCCGGAAGAUCCAGAUGGACCAAGUCAAGGUUAGUGCUGUCGCGGACUGGCCAGUGCCCUCUGAACGCAAGCAAAGGAGGCUGCAUGGAUGCACUUCAGAGCACCAAGUUCCAGUGGUCCCCCCAAGCUACCUGGCUUUUUGGACUCUCAAGGAACAGUUCAACUCUGCACCCAUACUCACCUUGCCGGACCCCAAGAUCCAGUUCAUCGUCAAGGUCGACGCUUCGGAUAUGAGGUUGAGGGCAGUCUCUCAGCACUCCCCCAGGGACAGUAAGGUCCACCAGUGUGCUUUCUUUUCCAGGAAACUAUCACCAGCAGAAAGGAAUUAUGAUGUGGGCAACCGGCACAGGAGGAUUGGAGGCACUGGCUGGAGGGGGCUGAACAGCCAUUUUUGGUGUGGACUGACCAUAACCUGGAAUACAUCAGAACAGCUAAGAGGUCAGGUCUCUCCCCUUUCCAGUGUGUGUACGGUUAUCAGCCACCCUUAUUCCCAGAUCUGGAAGAGGAGAAAACGGUGCCAUCAGCUCAGGCACUGGUGUGUCGUUGCCACCUCACCUGGAGAACGGCUCGGACUGCACUACUCCAGCUGUCCAGUCUGCGGACAAGCAUCGCAUGCCAGCUCCUUGCUACCUGGUCAGACAGAGGGUCUGGUUGUCCACUCAGGACCUUCCUCUUCGUGUGGAAUCCAGCAAGUUGGCACCCAGGUUUGUUGGCUUGUUCCCCAUCUCUAAGGUGGUCAAUCCUGUGGCAGUCCAACUACGACUACCUAGGACCAUGAGGGUGAGCCGUUCAAACUACUCUCCUGUCAUUUCAUUUCCUGUCCUCGUGUUUCUCCUGCCUUUUAUCACCAUACCUGCGCCCUAUUACCUGUGCCUUAUUACCUGCCCCUGGAUCCUCCCUCAGCAAACCCCUUAUAUACCUUCCUGUGUUCUCUGUUCUUUACUAGAUUGUCUUUAUUCUACCUCAUGUGUUCAUUGUGCUCCAGCAUUCCAAUGUUUGUAUCUACGUUUUUUUGGACUUUACCUUGUUUCCUGGAUUAUUGGAUUAUUGCAUGCUCCCUGUCUGACUUGUUUGCUUGCCUUGGACUGAAUUCCUGUGUCCUGGCUUUGUUACGAUUCACAAGAUCGGACUCAAACGCAGACUCAGACACAUAGAGGUGAAAUAGAGAUAAGAGAGAUUUAUUGUACAGUUCACCAGAGUUUUGAUGGGAUUGAGGGAAGGGAGCCAGAGGACGAAGACCGAGGGUUGAGAGGGGAGCCAUGGGUGGAUGAGGUAUGGCUGGGGUCCAAAUCCAGAGGUAGGUGUGGCUGUGUAACUGAGACCAAGUGAGGCUGGCAGGCAGAGUUGCUAGGCGAGGCAUACAGACAGGCAGGCAGCGUUGCUGGGCGAGGCAGACAGACAGGCAGGCAGUGAUCCUGAACACAGGAAGAGCAAGGUUAGCACAAUUCAAAACACAAGCAAGCAAAGUAACUAGAAUGAUAUUCUAGGGGCAGAGAAC